AAGGAAGUAGAGUUUGAAGUCAUUGGACAAGUAUUUAUUUUCAUUACAUCUAGAACAUAGUAGAAACUCCUUUGUACAUAUUCAAAAUUGUAUAAAUAGCACGUUCAACUCCACUUUACUCUGUCAUCUUAUAUUUGGCAUUGUUUUGUCAGUGGAAUUACACAAUAGAGAAGAUGUUAUUUGGAUAUAUUCUCUCUCUUUCCAUUCUAGUUUAUGGAAUACGUUGUGAUGGCGCUGGUCCACCAGGAAGCGAGCCACAUUUACAGCCACAUGGAGGUGCUCCUGGAAGCAUUGGGACCCCUGGAUCUCAACUGGUUUUCCCGCCAAAUCCAGAUUUUGGCCAACUCGUGCAAGUUGAUGACAUAGAAGAAGCGAAUGCAAAGCAUAUAUUUUCAGACCCCAGAGGACCCCUGGGAUUAGUCAAUGAACAUGGAGAGUAUAUCCCCCUCCAGGGAGGAUCAGCUGAAAUAAGAUCGAAGAACACACAAUUACCACGUGAUCACGUAGAAGAAACCGAUUGGCAUAAAGUUGAAGUAGAGACGGGCGAGGAUCAAACUAAAGCCCCAGACAAUUCACAAAACCGAGCAGGCAUUCUAUAUAAUAUGUUUAAAGGCAGACACCAGCCGGGACCAAAUGUCCAGCAACCACAGGGAGAAGAACAUCAAUCUGAACCACAAGGUCCUCCAAGAGUUUAACAGCGCUACACAAUUUACUACUUUGUCUUUACCUUUAUGUUACAUAGAUUAGUUUUAUGUCGUUAUAAAUUGUACGAUAUAUCUUUUAACAGAUAAACUUGAUAAUACAUGUACAUUGUUUGCCUUGAAAUAAUAUAGUUUGGUUUUUAAACACUUGAUUAACUAUACAGUGGUUGAUUUUGUGCUAACAUAUGUUAAAUUGGUUUAUAGCAAAGAUAUUUGUUAAUUGCAUUUAAUGAUGACAAUUAUACACUAACAAUUUUCUUUCAAUAGUCAAAACUUUUUUAUAUUUUUAUUUUGACUUUGAAAGCGUUUUGAUUUUUUUUACUGUUAUCUAAAGAUCAAAGAAACAGACAUAAAGUAAAACUAAUUAUUAUAAACAUAUAUAUUCAAUAUAAUAAUAUUGAUCCCUGUUGUAUUUUGUUUGCAUACGUCUUUAUGUUGCUGUCUCGUUGAUUUAUACAUCCAACGUCUCAUUUUAUUCAUAUCUAUAAUAGCUCAAAUACUAAAAUAUAUACAUUUCAUAAUUAAACAUAACUUUAUAGUUUGGUCACGUAUUGCUUUACAAUUCACUAAGCCUUCGACUUUGAAGAGUAAAUUUGUUUUACGUGGCAACAAGUAAGAAGGAGCACCUGAUUGCACCCUCAUUUUCAAAUACGUUUAAUUUGUUUACUGUAUCAUAUUCUACGGACUUUUAAUUUGUCUUUUUGACUUUUUAUUUUGACAGUAAAGUUUCUUCGACUAUUGUUUUUUUUAUUAUUAUUAUUGUCUCUUGUUAUCUAAUAAGUCUUUUUAAAUUAAUUAAAAUUACAAUUAUCCUU